AUGGAGCGACUGCUGACGAGUCUUCACGACUUGCUGGACCCAGAAACGGACCCGCCUCCCCGCCCAACACGCCCAGCCGUUCUCCCGCUCAGCCUAAAGUGCUCGUAUCCUGCACAACGGCUGCGGUCUACCUACCUCCACGAGCGAUCACCGCCCGUCAUCCACCGCGACUUGUCGCCAGAAACGUUCUCUGACUCGGGGAUUGGUGCCAAGAUAGUGAUCUGGCGUGCUCGUAUCGUUCCUCUGUCUGAAAACUGCAGCCACCAUGACAAAGGACCUGGGCCUCAGUCUACAUGCCUCCAGAAGCCAGUGCUCCUGCUAAAUCGAAUGCCCAAAGUCAAGUACGAUGCAGUAUCGAUGUCGUCUCUCUUGGAGUAG